CAGCCCCCACCCCCGAUCGAAAUAUUAGAUGAAACGAAAGUAAAAGCAUAUUUCCGGAAAACAGUGACGCUUAUAUAUAAGUCAGAGCAUCAGUCUUACAGUCGGGAGCAACUAACGCAGUGUACAGAUUGCUGUAGACUCCUUCGCAGACAUGGCAGUGUUCACGGACACCAACAGAGAUAAGCAAGGGGUUGUUCGCGGUCGGUGUAAGGACUGCCCCGAGGAGUGUCGAGAGUAUUCCCAACCUGUCCGCAGACACAACUGUACGUAUUGCGAUUGUCCGGCAGGUAACCAUGAGAGGGUGGAACCUCGACCGGAACUCAUCAUCAAGACAGAACCUGGGGAGGAGGAGGCACGAUCUCCGGCACGGAGAGAUGGCGGACCAACACCGGGCCCAUCCAGAAGACCAGAUGGCCUGACCACGGUCCCACCCCAGCCUGGUCCCUCCAGGCGAAAUGAGUCGCCUCACCGGGAUAAAUCGCAAACAGUAAUCCAGAAACGUUGUAAGACGUUAUUUGAGGAUGAUGGUGUCCAAUAUUCUCAAGUUAAGAGACAGCUCAGCAGAACAGAGCGUGGCGUGUUCACAAUCCUUUGGAAGGGGAAAAUAAUUUAUGUUGGAGAGCCAAAGAAGACGCCCAUAUUACCUUAUCUUUGUAGCAUAUUUUCUGGUGGAAGCACACAAGACAUCAGCAAAUGUUUGAAAAACAUACCCAGCGUUUUGAAAAGAGCUCACAUAAGAAUCGCCUGGCUGAAACACAAAGAUGAUGACCCGCACCUCAAGACGUGUAGAGAAGGCAAGAAAGGGAUUUCAUAUCGACGGUGUCUGUCAAAUCUGCAGGGGGAGAAGCCAAGAGAUGUACUUGAAGGUUUAAUGAGAGAGGAAACCAUCAAUCUGUAGAAUAUAAUUGCUUUAACUGACACAAAAGUGUAAAGGAGUUACGUGUCAAUGAUGUCUUGCAAAAUUAGGAUGAAACAAACCUACAUCUAAUCUAAUUUUUAUUUCCAAUAACCAGUCCGUUAAAUAUCAAUACACUUAAAAUAUUCGAAGAAAAAUGUAUUCAAAUUUUCAGAUUUCAUGAUGUCAGAUUAAUAGGUACUGGUUUUUACGCGUACUUAUUCACUGUAAGUGUGGUUAUGCGUUUACCCAAGAAUAGAUGCUUGUGAGUUAAACUAGUAACUGUCUGGAAUUCCACGCCUGGUUGGCGUCCUACCCACUGAGAAACUGCAGAUAGUUGCAUGUACCUCACCCUUUAUUAACACCGGCCAUCUUGAGAAAAGGCUAUCUACUUUUGGUUAGUCUGUCUCACAGUCCUGAGCAACAUUAUUUUCCUGACUGCCUAGCCCUCCCUGCAAUGCUAAAGCCUUAAAUGAA